AUGGCAGAAGAUUUUGACCAGAGCUCUGCUGCUGAGAUCGUUAAAGAUCGUUUGUAUUUCACCGCUCUCAGGAUCAAGCCAAAGAAUUCCACUUUUAUUCACUUUUUCAGCUCAGACGAGGAUUUUGUCUACGAGAGCUUUUACUCUGAUUUUGGGCCUCUGAACCUGGCCAUGAUGUUCCACUACUGCAGCAAAGUGCACCAGAGGCUCCAGUCAUUAACCACGUCCAAGAAGAAGCUCGUGCACGUCACCAGCCACGACCCCAAGAAGAAAGCCAACGCCGCCGUCCUGAUCGGAGCCUACGCCGUGAUUUAUCUGAAGAUGGAUCCAGACGACGUUUACAGGCGUCUGCUCAGCGGGAACAACUCGGGCUUCAUCUGCUUCAGAGAUGCAGGUGUGGGGGAGAGCUCCUUCAGUCUGUCUGUGCUGCACUGUUUACACGGAAUACACAAGGCUGUGCAGAGCGGCUUUGUGAACUUUGACACAUUUAAAGUGGAGGAAUAUGAGCAUUAUGAGAGAGUGGAAAACGGGGACAUGAACUGGAUCAUUCCCGGGAAGCUCCUGGCCUUCAGCAGCCCACAGCAGCGCAGCAGAGUGGACAACGGUUACCCGUUGCACGCUCCAGAGGCGUUCUUUCCGUUCUUCCGACAGCACAGAGUCACAGAUGUGGUGAGGCUGAACAAAAAGCUGUACGACGCGCGCAGGUUCGAGAGCGCCGGAUUCACUCACCACGACCUUUUCUUCCUGGAUGGCUCCACCCCCUCUGACCUCAUCGUGCGGAGGUUUCUGCAUGUGUGCGAGAGCGCCCCCGGAGCUGUGGCGGUGCACUGCAAAGCCGGCCUGGGCAGGACGGGCACUCUGAUUGGCUGUUACCUGAUGAAGCACUUCCUGUUCACUGCAGCGGAGGCCAUGGCGUGGAUGAGGAUCUGUCGGCCCGGUUCAGUGAUCGGACCCCAGCAAAACUUCCUCCUGUCGAAGCAGCAGAGCCUCUGGGUGCAGGGCGACGUGUUCCGCUCCAAACAGAAACUCCAGAAUCAGAGGCAGAUCAGAAAACAACAACUGCACAGACGAGACGACACAUCGACCAAUCAGAACCACCGACCCGAGCCGAUGUCCCGCCUCCUCAACGCCGUGGACGACCUGUCAAUCAGCAACGGCCUGCACAAGUCCUACAGCUACGACGAGGUCAGGUCGGGUCUGGACGGCGUCUCUCAGGGGGACAGACUGUGUGCUCUGAAGGGGAGGCGCCCUCCUCGCUCCCUCUCCACCUCCUCCAGGCUGAACGUUUCCAAAGUUCCUCGUGGCUCCCUCGUCCCGUCGGUCAAACCUCUGCUCUUCUCUGCACAGACCGUCCGUCACCUGUCCCCCAAUCGAAUCAAGAGUAUAAGACACACAGACUAG